AUGCUAGGAUCUGCUCUCUCCACUCCCUCAACACGCACAGAACGUUCCACUCUAUAUUUCGACGCGCCCUCAUCGCCGCUCUCGUCCCCCGACGACUCCAGAGAUAGAGAUCCCAUAGCCAAUACAAUGAACAAUAUGAACACCCAGAACGACGGCUACGGCGGCGGCGGGAUGGUCCUCCCAACCGCGCCGGGAUCCGUGCUCCCAGCGGCGGGCAACGGCAAGCAAAGGGCGGUGUACGAGGAGGAAGACGUGCUCGGAGAAGGCGGCAAUGGAAUACACGGCUAUGGCGGUGGCGACGGCGUGAAGGACCCAUUUAGCAGCCAGCAAACUGAAGCUGAGUCGCCUGGCUGGCUCCCCGCUGUCGACAACAACUAUAAUCAUGACUACGACCAAAACAACGCGAAUUCAAACUACGCAAAUGGCGGCGGCAAUGCGCACAUGUACCGGCCAGGCGUCGGCGGGGGCCAGACGAAUAGUGGACCCGUGAACCGCUCGAACUCGGUCUCCCCAGCAAAGAGGCCGCCCGUGCCCGCGCGUCCGAAUUCCUUCAUCAUGAAUGGAAACAACCCGAACAGCAGGAUAAAUAACAUCCAGAACACGAAUAUGGCGGGCGUAGGGACUGGAAUGUACGAUGGUAGCGGUAACGGUAAUGAAGAGUUCGGGAACGGAAAUGGAAACGGUACGGGCGGUACGGUAGGACAUGCGAGAGGGAGUUCGAUUGCCGGGUCGAUGGGGCGCAACACUUUGCUCGCCCAGCCUCAUCCUCAGCAACCGAAUUCGAAUGGCACCAUACUCGAUGGAGGCGUAUAUUCUGCUGAACCAGCGCAAGACUCUGCAUACGACCCACGAACGAACGGUGUCGCCCUCGCUGACCCAGGCGUAGGUGGUGGCGACAACUCACAGCAGAGCCUCCACGCGCGCGAACAGUCUGCGGACGCUGCGUUGACUCCAAAGCAGCAGUCGCAGAUCGCUAAGGUACAAAGCAAGUCCAGUCUCCACUCCUUCGCUUGA